UUAUAAACAUACUAAACUUGUAAUAUUAGCUAUCGCUCCCAGGUCUGAAUGUUAAGUCAACAUAUGUUUGAGAAACCUUCAACUUAUCAAGUAUUGAAGGUCUCUGAUUGUUUUGGAAACUCUUCUAAUACCUGUGGACUUAGUUCAAGGCCAGUUAAUUUUUUUUCUAAUAGGAUGAACAAAUGGUUAAUUGUUUGCUUUGGUCACUCAAGUGUAGGAUCUCACCAUAUAUAAGAAGUCUAGCUGGCGUCUCUGUUCCAUGACAUCCUUCCCUUUCUAAUUGCAGAUUCUCCUCCUUAGAAGUUUUGCAUUCGAUUUGCAAAAUGAUGACCAUAUCUUUGAUCUGGGGGAUUGUUAUAGCAGUGGGCUGCUGUUUAUGGCUUAUUCUUGGAAUGAGGAGAAGACAAAUGGGUGAACCACCUCUGGAGAAUGGGUUGAUUCCAUAUCUGGGAUGUGCUCUGCAGUUUGGUGCCAAUCCUCUUGAGUUCCUCAGAGCAAAUCAAAGGAAACAUGGUCAUGUUUUUACCUGCAAACUAAUGGGAAACUAUGUACACUUCAUCACAAAUCCCUUGUCAUACCACAAAGUGUUGUGCCAUGGAAAAUACCUUGAUUGGAAAAAAUUUCACUUCACUACUUCUGCAAAGGCAUUUGGGCACAGCAGCAUUGACCCAAGUGAUGGAAAUACCACGGAAAACAUAAACAAAACUUUCAUCAGAACCCUGCAGGGCGAGGCCUUGAAUGCCCUUACAGAAGCCAUGAUGGAAAACCUCCACCUUGCCAUAAGACCUCCAGUCGUUCCUAAAUCACAGAUGCCUGCCUGGGUGACAGAGGGGAUGUAUUCCUUCUGCUACCGAGUGAUGUUUGAAGCUGGGUAUUUAACUUUCUUUGGUAGAGAUCUUACAGGGCAAGAUGCACAAAAAGCACUCAUUCUAAAUAACCUUGACAACUUCAAACAAUUUGACAAAAUCUUUCCAGCCCUGGUAGCAGGUCUCCCCAUUCGCGUGUUCAAGACCGCAUACCACGCCCGGGAAAAAAUGGAGCAGGACUUGAGACACCAGACCCUGGGAAAGAGAGACCACAUCUCCGAAGUGAUCAGGUUUCUGAACUACACGCUCUCCACCUUGGACGACAUGGAGAAGGCCAAGAUUCACCUUGCUGUCCUCUGGGCAUCACAGGCAAACACCAUUCCCGCGACUUUCUGGAGCCUAUUUCAGAUGAUGAGAAGCCCUGAAGCAAUGAAAGCAGCUACUGAAGAAGUGAAUAAAACACUAGAGAAUGCUGGUCAAAAAGCCAGCUUUGAAGACAGUCCUAUUUGUUUGAAUCAAAAGCAACUGAACGACAUGCCAGUGCUAGAUAGUAUCAUUAAGGAGGCUCUGAGGCUUUCUAGUGCCUCCCUGAACAUCCGGACUGCUAAAGAAGAUUUCACUUUGCACCUCCCGGACGGUUCCUAUAAUAUUCGCAAAGAUGACAUCGUAGCCCUUUAUCCGCAAUUAAUGCAUUUAGAUCCAGAAAUCUACCCAGAGCCUUUGACUUUUAAAUAUGAUCGCUAUCUCGAUGAAAAUGCGAAGACGAAGACCACCUUCUGUAGUAAUGGCCUCAAGAUGAAGUAUUACUACAUGCCCUUCGGUUCAGGAGCUACAAUAUGUCCUGGAAGAUUAUUCGCUGUCCAGGAAAUCAAGCAGUUUUUGAUUCUGAUGCUUUCCUAUUUUGAACUAGAGCUUGUAGAGAGCCAUGAGAAGUGUCCCUCUUUGGACCAGUCUCGUGCAGGCUUGGGCAUUUUACCACCAGUAAAUGACAUCGAGUUUAAAUAUAAACUCAAACAUUUGUGAAUAUAUGGGUGGAAAUAGAGGAUGCUAGAAAGUUGCAGGACUGCAGAACACUUAUCCAUCCCUUUGGACAGAUGCAUUUAGUGGUAGUGGAACCGAUACAGCAGGUCCAGUUCUGUUCACAGACGCUUGCUUGUGAAUCUUGACAUAUGGGUGACAGUUCCCAGAUGCUAUCUCAGACUAUGCCAGGGAAAAAAUUUAGUUCCUAGAAGCACAAUAAUUUGUUUUCAUUUGACUAUGUCAGUAAAUGUGCGUAUAACCAGAGAUUGAACUUCAUUAUUUUCAGAGGAAAAAGUCUUUUUUUCCAGAAUGAAAAUAUUCCAAUUGGCAGAAAUUUUUUUCCUAAGGAAACAGCUUUUUUUAUAAAAAUCACCCAACAAUCAUAAAAAAGGUACAAAUUCACGUUUUAGUGAAACUGCAUGAUUCUUUGACUAGAUAUGGGGUUCUUUAGGUGUAGAUGUCUGUUACAAAGGAUAUUUUAUGGGAUUAUAUCAUGCAUUUUAAUUAGAAAAAAGUGUUUCUCAGCUUUCUCUAUACCCAAUAUUCAGAGCUUUUAAAUGAUGAUCUUGAUGUCCUGAAAUCAUUAAAGUUGGUUUUAGUAUUUUCCCUUUAUGUUUCAAUUUAUUUUUGCUGGAAACUCUAAUGUCUUUGACAGGUUUCAGCUAUAUCUUAUCUAUAUUUUCCUUAGAUUCCAUAUUAUUGAGAAGAUUUUUUUCAGAGAAGGUGGUUUCUCUGGUAUUACUAAACAUUCAUCAAUGAAAAGAAUGUAGCUCUCAUGUGAU